UGGACCUCGACCUCCAUGGUGUAGUGGGAAGCCGCGGUGAGUAAUGGGCUAAAGGACAUCAAUCUUCCUUGAACCAAAAUAGAGAAAGACCAUGGGAGAGCAUUGGUGUAUCUCGGAGUGUAGUCAAGGUGAAGUAAAUCACUGCAGGGUCUGGUUCGUAGGAACCAGAAAGGGAAAAAAAAAGAUAGUCGCAUCUUCCUCACGUCCAGAGCAAGCUCCAGGCCGCAACGAAAAGAGAAAAAAAAAAAAAGGGUCAGAGCCUGUCAGACGUCCAUCGACACCCGCCCCAUCCGCGCGCCACGAAGGCAAGACCGCGGAAGGGGACGAGAUCAUCAAACGCCCUCUAUACAGCCGCGCCGUGAAAGACGAGGCCGUCCCGCUUGCGCGGGAUGCGAGGGCAACCAGAGUUUCUUCACUCUAGGGUGUCGAGGAUAUCAAUCAUCAACCAGGGUGGGAUCUGUGGCUCCUUUAGGGAACCAAGAGUGGGUCGAAUACUAUAGAAAUGAUUCUCUGAAGUAUUGUCGACAUGAAGAAAAAAGAAGAAGAGAA